GAGAGUGGAUGCACACCUACAUCUAAGGGGUCAGGGUUGAGAUACAAAGGACCCAGUGGACCCAAAAGAAUAUGCCUUGCAUGAGAAUCCUGCUUGGGAUCCUGAAGCGCCUGCCAUAACAGAGCCGCAACAGCUGUCUGGUCAUUCCUCCUUCGGUCUCUCUCUGUGUGUGAAUAGCUCCUUCAACAUGAGCCACAACCUCUACCUGGCCUUUGUGUGUCUGAGUCUCCUCUCUCAAAGGGCGUGCAUCCAGGGGAACCAGUUCAAUGUCGAGGUCAGCAGAAGUGACAAGCUUUCCUUGCCUGGCUUUGAGAACCUCACCGCGGGAUAUAACAAAUUCCUCAGGCCCAAUUUUGGUGGUGACCCAGUUCGGAUAGCAUUGACUCUGGACAUCGCAAGCAUCUCUAGCAUUUCAGAGAGUAACAUGGACUACACAGCCACCAUAUACCUACGGCAGCGCUGGACAGACCCACGGCUGGUGUUCGAAGGCAACAAGAGCUUCACUCUAGAUGCCCGACUUGUGGAGUUCCUCUGGGUACCGGACACUUACAUUGUGGAGUCCAAGAAGUCCUUCCUUCAUGAAGUCACGGUGGGAAACAGGCUCAUCCGCCUCUUCUCCAAUGGCACGGUCCUGUAUGCACUCAGGAUCACGACAACUGUUACAUGUAACAUGGACCUGUCCAAAUACCCCAUGGACACACAGACCUGCAAGCUGCAGCUCGAGAGCUGGGGAUACGAUGGCAACGAUGUGGAGUUCACCUGGCUGAGAGGAAACGAUUCUGUACGUGGGCUUGAAAGCCUGCGCCUUGCUCAGUACACCAUCCAACAGUAUUUCACCUUGGUAACCGUAUCCCAGCAGGAGACAGGAAACUAUACACGACUGGUUUUGCAAUUUGAGCUUCGGAGGAACGUCCUGUAUUUCAUUCUGGAAACCUACGUUCCUUCCACCUUCCUGGUGGUGUUAUCCUGGGUUUCGUUUUGGAUCUCUCUUGAUUCGGUUCCUGCGAGAACCUGCAUUGGAGUGACAACCGUGUUGUCCAUGACCACACUGAUGAUCGGCUCCCGCACAUCCCUACCCAACACCAACUGCUUCAUCAAGGCCAUUGAUGUGUACCUGGGGAUCUGCUUCAGCUUCGUGUUUGGGGCCUUACUGGAGUAUGCAGUUGCUCACUACAGCUCCUUACAGCAGAUGGCAGUCAAAGAUAGGGGGACAGCAAAGGAACCAGAAGAUGUCAAUAUCACCAACAUCAUCAACAGCUCCAUCUCCAGCUUUAGACGGAAGAUCAGCUUCGCCAGCAUUGAAAUCUCUGGUGACAACGUCAACUACAGUGACUUGACAAUGAGAGCCAGUGACAAGUUCAAGUUUGUCUUCCGAGAAAAGAUUGGCAGAAUUAUUGACUAUUUCACCAUUCAAAAUCCCAGCAACGUGGAUCGAUAUUCCAAACUAGUAUUUCCUUUGAUUUUUAUGCUAGCCAAUGUAUUUUACUGGGCAUACUACAUGUAUUUUUGAGAUGACAUUGAACUUUUGCAUGCUAUGUCUUUAACAGAACGACAUAAUAAUGUUAGAGAUAUUCUAGGACCUGUGUACACACUUCAGCCCAGAAAGCUACAAAUGGGCUAAAUAGUGGUUAUUCUAAGUUGUGUAGAAGUCCUAGCCUGGCAGGUUCUGCUAUGGAAUCAUUUAAAAAGCAAACUUUUUCUUCUUCAGUUUUAGACAGACAUCCCUACGGAGCUCAAGAUCACAGACCUACUUAGGGCUCUCUGCUCUCCAGUUCCCUGGUCUGCAUUCACUGAAUAAAAAUAUGCAUUAAGGGAUGAUUUUUAGAGAAUUUAUAGUAACAUUUCUAAAUCUCUGAAGAUACUUAUAAGAUGAAUGCUUGCCAAUUUAGCGAACAACAUUUUCUAAUUUUUGUUUUUCCUUGAAAUGAAAUGUGGGUUUAUGACAAUUCACUGGUGGUCAGCAUACUGCGCCAACUCAAUGCCAGUAUUACUUAAUACCACAGAAGAAUUCUCCCCAAAUUCCAAUAAGUCCUAUUAUUGAGAAAUCAAAUGUUAAUGAAUAAAAUUACUGGAUCAA